AUGUCCCCCAGCACCUUGAGCUCCAGUGGUGGUGAGCGGAGAUCGUCUCCAACUCCUUUUGUGAAAGACUUGGCGAAGGUUUUGUAUGGAGGAAAAAGGUUUGGCAAUCAUGCGGAUGAGGUUUGGCCUAACCUGUUCAUUGGCGACAUGUCAGUGGCCAAUGAUCGCUACAGUCUAUGGAAGCUGGGAAUUACUCAUGUUCUGAAUGCAGCUCAUGGGAGGAUGCACUGUCAGGGGAGUCAUAGCUUCUAUGGAUCCACUGUUGAUUAUUAUGGAGUGCCAGCAGAUGACUCACCAUCCUUUGACCUCUCUCCCUAUUUCUUUCCCUCUGCUGAGUAUAUUCAGAAAGCACUUGACACAGCUGGUGCUCGAGUUUUGGUCCACUGUGCAGUUGGAGUGAGCAGGUCUGCCUCCCUCGUCCUGGCCUACCUAAUGAUUUGCCACCAUUAUACUCUAAUAGAAGCCAUCAAUAAGAUCAAGGAGCACAGGUGGAUUUUCCCAAACAUAGGAUUCCUCAAACAGCUCCGUGCUUUGGAUCUGAAACUACGCAAGACAUCAUCAUGA